ACACAGGUCGCACUCCCAAUUUUACACUCCCGGUCGAGAUUCAAGAAUCGCUUCAUCACCAAACCACUUCCAUCUCCCGUUCAUCAACGUCAAUCAUCCAACAUGGGUAAGGUUCACGGCUCUCUCGCCCGUGCCGGUAAGGUCAAGGCUGCCACUCCUAAGGUCGAGCCCCAGGAGAAGAAGAAGAACCCCAAGGGUCGCGCCUACAAGCGCAUCUUGUACACUCGCCGUUUCGUCAACGUUACCAUGACCGGUGGCAAGCGCAAGAUGAACCCCAACCCUGGCCAAUAGAUCAU